UGUUUUGUUUUUUUCACUCAGAUUCUCUCUCAGCCUAACCUGGUCCCUCCAUUGGUAAGAGCCCCACAUACUAACACCUUCCCAGCGCCUGUUCAGAGGCCACCAAUGGCACUGGCCAGUCAGAUGCCUCCUCCGCUGACCACAGGCCUCAUGAGCCAUGCUCGUUUGCCACAUGUAGCCAGGGGUCCUUGUGGAUCACUAUCUGGAGUCAGAGGUAAUCAGGCCCAGGCUGCGUUGAAGGCUGAACAAGACAUGAAGAAGAGAGCUGUGGGAAGAGGACUCAGCCACAAGACAUUUGGUCCUAGGUGUUGGCAAAACAGAGAGCAGAGGUUCUUCAGUCCACGCAACGGUUCUUCUCUGAGCAGCAACAGAGCAAACAGAUAGGAGGCAAAGCCCAGAAAGUGGACAGUGAUUCAAGUAAACCUUCUGAAACACUGACUGACCCUCCUGGUGUCUGUCAGGAAAAAGUA